AUGGCGACCCCCCGCCGCCGCGAGCUCCCCCUGCCCGCGCUCGCCGCCUUCCUGCUGCUGCUCCUCCUCCUCGCCGGACGCGCGGCGGCCGACGACGCCUCCAGCGACGACCGCGGCCACGACGCCUCCCCCGGCUGCAACAACAAGUUCCAGCUGGUUAAGGUGAAGAACUGGGUGAACGGAACCCAGGGCACGACAGUUAUCGGACUGAGCGCGAGGUUCGGAUCCCCCUUGCCAAGAACUGUCGACGAGGCUCACAGAACAUUUGCUGCCCUCACCAGUCCUCCAGACUUGUGCUCGAACUCGACCUCAAAGUUAACGAAUUCUAUUGCCUUAGCGGCACGCGGAGGGUGUCCUUUCACCGCCAAGGCCGAGUUUGCGCAGGCUGCUGGCGCCGCUGGUUUGGUUAUUAUAAAUGACGAUGAAGAACUUUACAAGAUGGUUUGCGGUGACAAUGAUACUUCACUUAAUGUGACAAUUCCCGUCGUAAUGGUGCCACAUUCAGCAGGCAAGAAUCUGAAGGACUUACUGGAUCAUGGAGCAAGGGUGGAGAUGCAGUUAUAUUCGCCAAAUCGACCAGUUGUGGACCUUUCAGCAUGCUUCUUGUGGUUAAUGGCUGUAGGAACUAUAGUAUGUGCUUCACUCUGGAGUGAAUUCGUUGCAUGCGAACAGAUUGACGAGCAUUAUAAUCAGCUGACACGGCAGCCGGGACCUAAUUCUGGAACAAACAACACACAAGAUAAAGAAAUCCUUGAAAUCACAGCAAAGGGAGCUGGUGUUUUUGUCAUAGUAGCUUCAGUUUUCCUUCUCCUCCUGUUCUACUUCAUGUCGUCUUGGGUCGCCUGGCUACUGAUUGUAUUGUUCUGCAUUGGUGGUGUUGAGGGUAUGCAUGUUUGCUUGGUGACAAUUAUCUCUAGGAUUUUUAAGGGUUGGGGAAAUAAUACUGUACAAUUGCCAUUCUACGGGGAGGUCUUGGCCUUGUCUGUUGGAAUAGUACCAUCCUGUACGGUCUUUGCCAUUCUAUGGGCUGUAUAUCGGCAUUCUUCGUUUGCUUGGAUAGGCCAAGACAUCCUUGGUAUCUGCCUGAUGAUAACUGUGCUUCAGAUGGCGCGCUUACCUAAUAUCAGGGUUGCAUCAGCUCUUCUUAGUGCUGCAUUUGUGUAUGACAUCUUCUGGGUCUUCAUUUCGCCUCUUAUAUUCCAUGAGAGUGUUAUGAUUGCAGUUGCUAGUGGAGACAGCUCAGGGGAAGCAAUUCCGAUGCUCCUAAGAAUACCUCGUUUCUUUGAUCCAUGGGGUGGCUAUGACAUGAUAGGCUUUGGCGAUAUUAUCUUCCCUGGAUUGCUCGUUGCAUUCAGCUACAGAUUUGAUAGGGCAGGCAAAAAGGGUAUCUUGAAUGGAUAUUUUCUGUGGCUGACUGUGGGAUAUGCUUGCAGGACUUUUCCUUACCUAUCUUGCGCUUUUCCUGAUGGAUGGACAUGGUCAGCCGGCGCUGCUGUACCUGGUUCCUUGCACGUUAGGGGUUAUUGUGGUGCUUGGUUGGAUAAGAGGCGAACUGCCUCACUUGUGGAACUACGGAAGAAGACCGGAAAAUUCAGUCGGCGAAGUUUGAAUUGUAAUCUGACAGAGUUUGUAUGCAAAAAGGCGGUGGCAUCCUUCAAUCUCAUUAACUAA